UCCUCUUUCAGGCCAUGUUGUCUGCAGUGGAGGAGAAGCUGACUCUGUCCCAGUCAGAGGUACAACAUGUCAAAGCCUCUGUGAAGCAAUACGAGAGCCUAGUGGACAACUACAAGACCCAGGUGGUGAAGACACGGGCCGAGGCAGACGAGUACUGUGCCAGGCUGGGACAAGCAGAGCGAGAGGCGCGGGAGGUCCGGGACCAGCUGGAGAGCGAAGUGGAGGCGGUGCGCAGGGAGCUGCUGGGCCGGCUGACGGAGCUGGAGCCUCUUCCUGAGGCACUGCGGCGCUCUGAGGUCCUACUGGAAGAAGCUCAGGACAGAGAACAUGCCCAGGAGAGACGUAGCACCGAGCUGAGUGUCAGUCCUGGCUGA